AACCACAAAAACACAAAGCGUUUCUGUCCCAGUUCUUGACGUACUUUGUCCGGUGUUUGUACGUACAAUUCUGUACGUGGGUUUGUACGUAAACGUCGGUAUUCAUAGCAUGUCUCACGCAAGUCUCGCUCCCUACGCUAAGAAAAACCUAAACUAAGAUGGCGGCAGCAGCAACUAUGAUGUUCGGCCAGGAGCAAAUGGUCUCCUCUAAUAACGACAUGGCUCCGGACUGGACCAGCAAGGAAGUCAGCACUGGGACCACUAUCAUGGCUGUGGAGUAUGAUGGAGGCGUAGUGGUCGGAGCCGACUCACGUACUACGACAGGGGCGUACAUCGCUAACAGAGUGACUGAUAAGCUGACUCCUAUCCACGACCGCAUCUUCUGCUGCAGGUCUGGAUCAGCUGCCGACACCCAGGCCAUCGCUGAUAUGGUCACCUACCAGCUGGGCUUCCACAGCAUUGAGCUGGACGAGCUGCCAAAGGUGGAGACCGCUGCCAACCUGUUCAAAGCUAGCUGCUACCGCUACCGAGAGGAGCUAACAGCCGGCAUCAUUGUGGCCGGAUGGGACAAGAGGCGCGGUGGACAGGUGUACUCUGUGCCUAUUGGAGGCAUGUGUGUGAGGCAGCAGGUGUCUAUCGGAGGCAGCGGCAGCUCCUACAUCUACGGCUUCAUGGACGCCAACUACAAGCCUGGGAUGACCAAGGAACAGUGCAUGGAGUUGGUCACCAAUGCGGUCAGCCUGGCGAUGGAGCGUGAUGGAUCCAGUGGGGGCGUGGUCAGACUGGCGGCCAUCUCUGAGAGCGGAGUGGAGCGCCGUGUCGUCCUGGGCGGCCAGCUGCCCAAGUUCUUCACGCACUGAACACACCAACACACUCACAUACACACAUCAUACACACACACACGCGCACGCACACACACACGCCUCCUAGGGGACUUCUGGUUCCAGGUUGAAUGAUUUGUACUAAAUAAUAAAAACUGUUUUGUUGA